AUGCCGUAUUCUAUAUACGAAAAGCUGGGAAAAGCUAAGCUUGUCAAAACUGGUAUGGUGAUACGGCUAGCAAACAGGUCUUACGUUCACCCAGAGGGAAUUCUGAAAGAUGAAAUCGUCAAGGUAAAAAAAUUCAUGUACCCCGCCGACUUCUUCGUCAUAAAGAUGACAGAGCGAGGAGCGGAUGAGUCUAUUGGAGUCCUUUUGGGAAGGCCAUUCCUAUCUACACCCAGCACAGUCAUUGACGUCCGCCAUGGGACGAUGAGUCUGGAUUUUAAUGGAGAACGGCAUACAUUCGACAUUGAUGAAGCUGUGAGAAAUUCACAGGACAGUGAUAGCAUACAAUCAGUAGGUACUAUCAGACCUUGGGAGCAAAGGAAUCUAGAAAAGGAACUCUUCAAAACACCGUCCACUGAUUCCAUUGAAGAUGAACAGCUUAAGAAGGAAGCAGUUGAAUGGUUCGAUGCAACGAUGACUGGGGAAAUGGAUGAUCAAGCCAUUGAAAGGGCAAUUCUGUAA